AGUUAAGUUUUGUUUUUCUUGUAAACAUUUGUAAAUGUUGUUUCCCCUCCAGCCAGUCACAUAUGGGGUGUUGUUCAAGACAUGGGUUGAUGGGUUGAGAUGCAGGUGAGGAAACGAUUGGUUAAAGGGAGAUUUCCUUGACAAAGAGUCCUCGGGGUAUUAGUGCUCAUCACACCGAUCGAAAAGAGUCAUGUUUAGAACAAGAGCAACCUGACACACACAUGUACAACAGUGGGGAAUUCCUCAUGAACCUUUAAGACAUGAGAUAAGAGCUGGAAAAAGCCUCCCUCUCCUGUGUGCUUCAUUUCGCCCCACCUUUCUCUCUCUUUAACGUCAACCCCCUCCUUUCUACAGCUGACUUAUUCUCAUUUAAAUGUCUGCGGGGUAAAACACCUCUCCCUGCUCAUAACUCACAGGUGGAGUUUACACUCCCCUUCACAGCACACUGACAUGUACAGCAAAGCAGAGCGACCUCAGCCGGACACCGUUUAAGGAGGACGUUCUUCACAGUUAUGGAGUUUUGAUAGACUCUCAAGAGAAGUUUGGAUUUUUGAAAAUGUAUUUUGUGAGAAAAGUGCAUUGUGUUUUAUUUUGUUUGAUCAUAUAUUCACUGUAACGCUUAUUACGAUUAAAACAGGACAUCAGAGGACUGCAGCAUCUACAAGAGGGAAAUGAGAUGCCAGUUUAAUUAGGAGUGACACCUGGAUAUCUUCUCAUCCUCAACAUUGAUUUGUUGUGUUUUAAGCUCUGUGAGCCGUGCGGAUGUAAGGAUGGUCUUUGGGCUUUGAGAAUGGGUUUGUUUCAGCCUGGCCGUGUGUGAAUGGAGCUGAGCGAGUGGAGAGCCUGAUGUCGGAGCUGCUGCUGCUGGCCUGUGCGCUCCUCUCCUGGAUCAUCACCUGCCAGUCCGGACCAUGGAGACCAUGCACAGAUCUGUUGCAACUGGACUUGCUGUCUCGGGUGCUUCCUGGGACCGGCACGGCGCAAGACGGGAUACAUAUAGUCCAGUCCAGAGGUUCUCGAGGAUUCCAGUUUUCUGGAUCUCCACAGCUGUUCAGUUUCCCUGCAUCUCAGCUCUUCAUUAAUUGUAACUUCUUUCCCGCCGAGUUCUCCAUCGUUGUCACACUGAAAAUCCCACAAAUGAGUCCUGAGAAGAGUGAAUACAUCUUCACACUGUUGGACGGAGAUUCAGAUGAGCUGCUCCUCGGCCUGCGACUUUCCCAAAACAAUCUUCACUUCCUGCAGAAGGGCCAUGGUCCCAAGAAGCGCACCACUUUCAAGGCAGUAGGACUGGAUGAUAACCGUUGGCACACUGUGGUCUUGGCAGUGACGGGACACUACACAAUUCUCACUGUAGACUGUGGCAGACCCCUCGAGCUAGUGCUUGAAAGCCCCUUCAGCGAUGAUCUCGAUACAACUGGUUCCACAUUCUUCAUUGCUAGCAGAAGGAGAUGGAACGGCUUAUUUUCUGGUCUGAUUCGGCAGCUGGUUCUGUUACCUGGUUCAGAUGCUACCUCACGAAUAUGUCCCUCAUCUGAGCCCCGGCUGUCUGCACUCUCUGUUCCUCAGGCUCUCUUACACCUGCCAAUCAAACCAUCAUCCACUGACCUUCCCCUUCACCCUUAUGAGGCAGAGGUUCGAGUGACUGCGGGUGUGAGUCCUCCCUGUGGACACUCUGAGGAGGGACAGCUGUGGUUCAGCACACUGAAGAAAGGACUGUUUCUCUGUGAUGGCAUUAUGUGGCUCACUAUGCUGCAAGUGAAAGAGAAGCUGGAUUACGUGGAGGAUCACCAGGAUUUAUUCACCAGUUCUGAGACAUUUGACAUCGAAGUUUUCCACAUCCCUUCUGUAGGGCUUUUCAUUGCGACCGCCAACCGUGAUUCCAACCUCGGUUCAGGAAUAUACAAAUGGACAGAUGGGAAGUUUGAACGAUAUCAAAACAUCAGCACUUACGAUGCACAAGCAUGGCAAUACUUCACAGUGGGCAAAAAGAAGUUCCUGGUUGUUGCUAACUGCAGAAGUAAGGAUGCAGGGGACCAGGAGCAGUCGGUCAUAUACAAAUGGAGCUCAAGGAAGCUGAAAUUCAUUCACUAUCAGACUCUGAACACACACAGCGCACGUGACUGGGAGGCUUUCAACAUUCAAGACGAAACUUUCCUCGCCGUGGCCAAUCAUAGGCAAGGGGAGAGAAACCAUAAUAUUGACAGUGUAAUCUACAAGUGGAACCCAGUUACCCAGUAUUUUGAGGUCAAUCAGACAAUCCCGACCGCUGGUGCUUAUGAUUGGGAGUUUUUCACCAUCGGCCCAUAUUACUUCCUCGUAGUCGCAAAUACUUUCAAUGGAAGAUCAACAGUCAUUGAUUCUACAAUCUAUAUCUGGCUGGGACGGAUGUUUCAGCCUUAUCAGUCCAUUACAACAUUUGGGGCAAUAGACUGGGAGAUGUUCCAGAUUGAAAACAGGGUGUUCCUGGCUGUUGCCAACAGUCAGAUGCUAACGGAAGAUGGCAAGAUUCAGUACUCCAUCAACUCCACCAUCUAUGAGCUCAGCAUGGCUUCUCAGACCUUCAUCAAGUUUCAGGAUAUUGAAACGAACAGUGCUUUGGACUGGGAGUUUUUUACUGUGGGAGAUGACAAGUUCCUGGUGGUCGCCAACUCCUAUGAUGGAACCUCAUACUCUCUUAACAGUGUUAUAUACAGGUGGCAGGGUUAUGAGGGCUUUGUCCCUGUGCACAGACUCCGCACCAAUGGCUGCAGAGACUGGGAAUUUUUUAACACAACCGAUGGCUCCUACCUCAUCUACUCCAGUGCUAGAGCUGCUCUCUCUAAAGUCCUUAAAUUAAGGACCAUAUAGUGACACUGGACAUAUGGACUGUAUAUGGGACAGAUCUGCUGGGAGGGAGACUAGUUGACGAAACGAUAACUCAUUAACUGGAAAACAAAUAAACCCCUAAAAUGAGAUAUUCUUCUAUAUAAAAGUUAUACAGAACUUGUAUCCAAAAUCGAAAUCCACUUAAUGACAUGCCUUGAAACCCGCUGAAGGAUGAAUCUCCACACUAACACUCAAAUCAGUCCACUGACCUCCUGAACGACAACAGCACAACAAGAUGUUCCCAACAUGCAAAAUAACAUAUUUCUGAAGACUCAAACCUGCACUUACUUGCACACAGUUCAUCAACAUGCUUUGUUGAUUAAAAUGUAAUUAUGUCCUGUGGUUAUGCAUCAUUACUCUGCACAUGAAGGCAGCUAACUAUUCUAUACCACAAUUUAUGAACGACUGCAUAGACAAAUAGCUUUUAUCUGCCAUCAAAGACACUAUUUAACUGUACUGUACUGUUUGCUACCAAUUUACACUGUUUUAUUAGAAGGCCUUUACAUGAAAUUGAAGUAUGUUCAAGUAUAUGCAAUUAAUAAAUAAAAUCUUCAUAACAUUUAUA